ACAGAUUCUGAAGUUCUGUACCGGAACGGAGAUGGACAUGUGAUCAAGUUUAACUUUGUCGUAAACAAAACAGACAUGUUCCUGACCAACAGCGUGUUUGUGGAUUUCAAAGUUGCUAGGUAUUCUGUCUCCCCAGACAUGAAAUAUGCACUCUUCGCCUAUGAUGUCAAACAGGUUUACAGGCAUUCGUACACUUCGUCAUACAUCGUUUACAACAUCCACACAAGGGAGGUGUGGGAAUUGAACCCCCCUGAGGUUCAGAAUGCAGUGCUCCAGCAUGCAGCCUGGGGGACACAGGGACAGCAGCUCAUGUACAUCUUUGAAAACAACAUCUAUUACCAAUCAGAUGUGAGAAGCAAUUCUCUGAGGAUCACGUCCUCCGGGAAGGAGGGAGUCAUUUUUAAUGGGAUCGCUGACUGGCUAUAUGAAGAGGAGGUUCUGCGGUCGUAUGUGGCCCACUGGUGGUCUCCCGACGGGGCAAGACUGGCCUACCUGACGAUCAACGACAGCCUGGUGCCCAACAUGUUGCUUCCUCAGUUCACUGGCAGCACAUACCCCACAGGACUACACUACCCAUACCCCAAGGCGGGCCAGCUGAACCCCACCGUCCGUGUGUUUGUGGUCAACUUGUUUGGGCCCACACACACCCAGGAACUGGUGGCUCCCAGCGACCUCCACUUCAGGGACCGCUACGUGACGAUGGUGGAGUGGAUCAGCACCACCCACCUCAGCGUGCGCUGGCUGAACCGCGCCCAGAACGCCUCGCUGCUCAGCGUGUGUGAAGCCACGGCGGGGAUGUGCGUCCAGAGACACGAAGAGACGUCAGAUCUCUGGCUCACAGGACAGGAGCAGAAGCCCAUGUUCUCUCAGGACAUGAGCCGGUUCUUCCUCACCACACCUGUGAGGCAGGGCGGACACGGCGAGUUCAACCACAUCACCAUGUUUACCAGGAAGUCCAGGAGCGGUCAGGGCGAGGUCCGUCACCUGACCUCUGGGAGUUGGGAGGUCACCCGGAUCCUAGCCUAUGACGAGGACAACCAGAUCAUAUAUUUUCUCAGUACUGAGGACUCACCACAAAAGCGACAUCUGUACAAUGUGUCUGCCGUCGGUGUGUUUCCACGGCAAUGCCUGACCUGCCAGCUGAACCAUGAGUGCAGCUUCUAUGACGCCGAGCUCAGCCCCAGCACCCAGCACGUCCUGCUGCGCUGUCGAGGCCCAGGUGUCCCCAUGGUCCUGCUGCUGAGCUUCCAGAAUCCCAACUCGUACUAUAUCCUGGAGAACAACGCUCUCGUCCGAGCUGCCUUGGAGAAGAAAAAGACCUUUAAGACUGACACCAGGGCCAUUCCACAUGAACACUUUGAACUUCCUUUGAAAUUGACCUAUCCUGUUGACUUCUCUGAAUCUUUUUUCUACGGCCUUCUCUUGAUUGU